AGGAGUUUGAACAGGUGGUAGUGAGAUGGCAGCCGGGGGAAGAACGAGACCUGCCAUUUGAGGUGCUUGAAGAAGAGGAUUAUAAGGUGGAGGGGCAGAAGGAGGCAGAUAAUCCAGGGGAUCCCAUCUUUUACUAGUCCUAUCAUCCCCUCCUUCAUUCCCCUCUUUCUUCCUCUGCAACUUACAAAUUCGCACCCCUUCAUCUCCAACAGCACUCUUUAACCAGCAGGCUACAUACAAUAAUUGCUCAGGAUCAGUACCCCCUCGAGCUGUCAGAUAAUUAUUUAAUAGCUGGCACAUCCACUUAUCCUUUGUCCCACACCAAGGCCAUCCUCCUUGUAUCUCUAAUUCUGGCCACACUUCCAUACAAUAAUGGAUCAUUUUUGCUUUAUCUAAUCCCUCCGUGGCCUCUAUAGAAUCCCAUUUUACUAACAGUUCUCCUAAGGGACUAUUGGGAUGUAUAUACCUCAGUCUCUUACCGGUCUUUCUACUAUUACACCCUCCCAUUUUACAGGUCUCAACAGUAAAAACGUCCCAAAGAUGCCUUUACUGACUGGUAAUUUCAAAAAGAACCUUCUUUGAGGAGCUUCAGCCUCCUCCACUGAACUUCAAAAUUUCUGCCUGAUGCUCAGGACUUUAUACUGAAACAACUGCCCAAUCUCUUGAUUGCCCAACUUUCCCCAUGUCAGGUCUUACAUCUAUCGGGACUUGAAUACAUGAAACCUCAGCCUAAGAAUCCGGGUCGUGCCUGACUCCCUCUGUCAGGAAAAACAACUGCCUGAUUUUAGUUUGCCUAACCCGCCAAUUUUUAGGCUUCACCGUAUCAGGACUUAAAAGCAAACCACAGCCUCCUUUGCUGGGGUUUGUGCCUGGCUCCUUGUGCCAGGACUUACUUUUGCCUGCAGGGCUUGUGAGCUACCCGAAUCCUUCUCGGGACUGAUAAAAUCUUACGCGAAUCCUUCUCGAGACUUACAAAUGCUACCCGAAUCCUUCUCGGGACUGAGAAAUCUGCCUGACUUCCCUCUGUCAGUGCCUAUUUUGGGUGCGUGCCACUCAUACAAAUAUUCCCUCCGCACGCCCGGAGGGGGGGGCCCUUUAUUCCCCCUUGGGAGACGACUCACUCACACUAAUUCCAAGCUCCGCCCCCUGUUCCCGCCCGGCUCCUUCGCAGGAGUCCGGAACCGCGGUACUGAGGAGUCCCUCUCACUUCGAAGGUCCGGCUGCUGGCCUCCGUCUCAUUCACACACACAUGCGCACGUCUCCCGCUCCCGCCACCGGCUUUCUCACCAAUCCGGUACUCCGGUGCUCCUCUGCGUCGCUGCUCCUGAGCCGAUCCCUCUGGUCCUGGUAGCCAGCUGUCCUGAAGUUCCAAGAUGGCCAGUCUUGAGUCUUCUUGCGGCGUGGCUAUCCCGGACGAGCGCCCCCAGCUGAAAUAAACAGGGCCAGGAGACUUCUUCUCCUUUAUAAUGCCUUUAUUAAAAGUGAUCAGCUCAGGAUUGGGCGUCCCGGCAGGGCUGCAGUCCCCAUCGCAUCUCCCAGGGCGACUCAGAGGAGGAGGAUAUGCGCAGCUCCGUCCACUAGGGGCAGAGCCGGGGAUCCAGUCCUCAUGGGAGCCUUAGGGCGUGAUGUCCCCAUCAGAUGUUGCUUUUGAGCCUCGCCGGUUACCCUGGUCCCGGCGUUGGGACCACUCCCUGCUCAGGGCGAGAGGGGCUCUGAAGGUGUUCAGCAUCUCUGCAGGCUCAGCACUUGGCUCCUCACGUCCAGACAUCACUUUAGUCUCUCAACUCUUAUUUGGCUCAUUGUUUUUGGGGUUUUUUCUGUGCCUCUGGAGUCGGGGUCCCACAAAGCAUUCUGGACUUUGGAGUCACUUUGCAUAACCCCCCCCACCCUCUCAGGUGUCUUUCCUAUGCUGUAAGAGAGCACAGCCUCGGGGGAAGGGUCAUCACCCCACCCAGCCAGGUUUUUUACUAAUACAAAAGAGGAGAUAAGCCUUAACAACCCGGUAUUACAAUAACAAAGCACUAAGAAUCCUGGCAGAGACCGAUCUGGCUGCGUCUCUGUAACUCUUUCUCACAAAAAAAAUAUUAACCGAUUUUUUUUUCAUAACAUUACUGCUUUCUCUCUGCUUUCUCUCCCUUUCAUGUUCAGUUCGUUGCAGUUCUGUUUGCAGAGUGCCGCUUCCCAGAGUGUCCCCUCACAGUUGCCGCCCUUGGCCUGAGCCUGCCCCUUUCCCCUCACGGUUCUGCCCUUUCCCUGCCCCCUUUCCCCUCACGGUUCCGCCCUUUCCCUGCCCCCUUUCCCCUCACAGUUCCGCCCUUUCCCUGUCCCCUUUCCGCUCAGGGUUCCAGUGGUUUAUGGGGGAGGAGGAGGGGCAGGAGGGAUGGAAGAGGAGGGAUGAAGGCGGAGAGAGAGCAGCCAUGGAAGGAGGAGAAGGAGGUGGGAUUAGGGAGGAGGAGGAGGAAAAGGGAUGGAUAGGGCGUGAUGGAAGAUGAGAAGGAGGUGGGGAUAACACGGAGGAGUGGGAGGAGGAUGGAAGAGGAGGAGCGGGAGGAAAAGGAGGGACGAAGGCGGAUCAAGGCUGCGCUGAAGGUGCAGCGCAGUUUCGAGCCCGGCCUGAAUUCGCCGCCCCCUGGGAUCAUCGCCCCUCCCCCGCCAUCGUGCAGAGCAGGAGCUGAGCAUGGAGAGCAGGGAGGACAAAUGCCCGCAGCAGAACCUGGUGGAAGAGGCCAUUUUGAGCGGCUCCACGGCUCAGGAAGCCAACGGGGAGGAAAAGCCGUGGAGAUGCCGCACGAGGAGGGGCUGCAAACGCAGCUGGCAGGGAUCUGAGGGUGAAAGAGCCAGCCUGGGCCGGGAAAGCAGCCAGGGAUUGAGCCAGAGCUCAGAGCUGGUGCUCCAUGAGCAGCUCCAUGAUGGGGAGAAGCCCCACACGUGCGUGGAGUGUGGGAAGAGCUUGAAGUGGAGCUCCAGGCUGAUCCAGCACCAGGUGACCCACACUGGGGAAUGGCCCUACGAGUGUGGGGAGUGUGGGAAGAGCUUCAGGAUGAGCUCCAACCUGAUCGUCCAUCAGAGGAUCUACACUGGGGACUGGCCCUAUGAGUGUUCAGAGUGUGGGAAGAGCUUCAGCUGGAGCUCCCAACUGAUCACGCACCAGGUGAUCCACACUGGGGAGAAACCCUAUGAGUGUGGGGAGUGUGAGAAGAGCUUCAGCUGCAGGUCUGACCUGACCAAGCACCAGAGGACCCACACUGGGGAGAGGCUUUACGACUGUGGGGUGUGUGAGAAGAGGUUUCUGACCUGCUCCAAUCUCCUCCGCCACUAUCAGACUCACACAGAGGAGAGGCCCUUCCAAUGCCCUGACUGUGGGAAGGGAUUCAGGGACAACUGCACCCUCAUCAGACACCGGCGCAUCCACACUGGGGAGAAGCCCUACGAGUGUCCCCAGUGUGGGAAGAGCUUCUCACAGAGCUCUCACUUGAACAAACACCAACGGAGGCACCACUGAGGGAAGCCCUGCAUGUGCCCCAAGGUUGGGAAGAGCUUCGUGUGCUGGUCCAGCUCCAUCCCCCACUGGAGGAGGCACUUUGGGCACAGCCCUGGUCACUCACAUUCCCUGUGAUCCAUGUUGGCAACACACCUGGCUGCUUCUCCGCUUGGUUUGACCGUAAUUUUUUUCUGCUUCAUCUUCAUCCCUUAAAAACAGCCAAAACUGGGUUAAAUGAAAUAAAUUGAUCAUAGAUGUCUAAAGUUCCACAAUUUCAGAGGUUUUAAAGCGGAAUUGAUGGUUUGGGGACAAUAUUCUGGAGGAUUUGUGAGGUCUGUGAGGGAAGAUUUUGCACAGUGUUCUCCAUCUGUUUGCACUCCAAAAGCCAAGAGGGUCACCUCAAGACAACUGAAUCCCUUGCCAAACAACUGAAUUUCAUUCAUACAGGCUUAAUCCCACUUCAAAAUGCCUUGUUCCCACACUAAAACACUCAAUCCCUUGCCAAACUCACUCAUUCCACAGCCACCAGAGUGAGAUGGGGUUGGGAGGAGACUGGGAGAAGUGGGAUCCCAAUUUGCAGUGGUGGGGAUGGGGAUUGUGUGGAGCUGGGUGCGUGGGAUGUAUUUGAUAGUAAAUAAACCUUUCAGGGUUACUGA